CCGCAUUUAGUUUAGCCUGACUUGGGUUGCUUAUUGGACUGAGUUAAAGAUGGUUAAAAAGGCUAUUAGAACCACGAUAGACAGCUCAUCCAGUCAUCUGUAUUCAUUAAGUCUUGUCUUUGCUGAUUAAGCAAACGGAACGGAGAGUGUUAUUUUAACGGAAACCAAAUGUCAGAAAGGCUGUGAGUAAUGCAGCCAGACACAUUGAGCUGAGCCUCUGAGCUAUAAGUGACGACACCUCGGAGAGGAACCGUACUGCGCUAGGACCGCACGUCGGUGUAAGUGCGCAAAUCCCAGCCCAGCAGACACCGAGGGACCACUCGCUCGCUCCAUCAUAGCUCCAGAGAGGCGGUUUGCUGCGGUGCGGUGAGCAAUCACCGGGGAAGCACCUUCUGCAGCGCACACCUCUCACCCCGCUCCAGCUCUGGUUUUCGCUGAACCUGAAACGGAACCUGAAACGGAGACUAUCCACCUGGGCUCAUCUCCGGAGGACGGAGCCCUCCUUAUGGGCUCACAAUGCGCAGGAUACGGGCCAACGCCAUCGCUAUUUUGACCGUAGCGUGGAUCCUGGGAACAUUCUAUUACCUGUGGCAGGACAAUAAGCCGCACACUUCAUCCCCGUCCUCCGCUUCGCAGCCUCGAGCAGGUGGCAGCAGGAGCCAUGCCGCCGGCGGGCGACUGGACAUUCACCGAGAUGACAGGACCAUUCCGCUGAUCGUGACCCAGUCUCCACGGGCGGAGCAGCAACAGCAGCAGGGUCGGCUGAUUGGUAGCUUUGAUGAGAAGGCGUACCUGUUGGAGAAACAGCUGAAGACGGGCGAUGACCCGUACAGGGACCACGCCUUUAAUCUGGCCGAGAGCGACCGUCUGGGCUCUGAGCGGGCCAUCCGAGACACACGCCAUUACAGGUGUGCCUCAGUGAAUUAUGAUGCUAACCUGCCUCCUACAAGCAUCAUCAUUACCUUUCACAAUGAGGCUCGCUCCACUCUGUUACGCACCAUCAAAAGUGUCCUGAUGCGUAGCCCUCCUUCCUUGAUCCAAGAGAUCAUCCUGAUAGAUGACUUCAGUACCGAUCCUGAGGACUGCCAGCUGCUCUCUCAGAUCCCCAAAGUUCACUGUCUGAGGAACGGACGCAGAGAGGGUCUCAUCCGUUCUCGGGUCCGAGGGGCGGGCGCGGCCUCCGCCUCCAUCCUGACCUUCCUGGACAGCCACUGUGAAGUUAACACUGACUGGCUCCAGCCCAUGAUACAGAGAGUCAAAGAGGACCACACCCGGGUGGUCAGCCCCAUCAUUGAUGUCAUCAGUCUGGAUAACUUUGCCUACCUGGCAGCUUCAGCGGACCUCCGUGGAGGGUUUGACUGGAGCCUGCACUUUAAAUGGGAGCAGAUUCCUAUUGAACAGAAGAUGUCCAGGAGUGACCCGACACUCCCCAUUAGAACCCCAGUGAUAGCUGGAGGGAUCUUUGUGAUGGACAAGAGUUGGUUCAAUCACCUGGGCCAGUACGACACACACAUGGACAUCUGGGGUGGAGAGAACUUUGAGCUGUCCUUCAGGGUGUGGAUGUGUGGAGGCAGCCUGGAGAUCCUACCCUGCAGUCGGGUGGGACACGUCUUCAGGAAGCGCCACCCCUACGACUUCCCAGAAGGCAACGCCCUCACAUACAUCAAGAAUACCCGUCGAGCAGCAGAGGUGUGGAUGGACGAGUAUAAACAGUACUACUACUCUGCUCGGCCGUCAGCACAGGGCAAGGCCUUUGGCAGCAUCGCAGACCGUCUGACUCUACGACGCAAGCUGAACUGCAAGUCCUUCCGGUGGUACCUGGAGAACGUCUACCCUGAACUCAGGAUCCCAGAGCAGGAUGCGUUGUCCAGUGUGUUGAGACAGGGAGGGCUGUGUCUGGAGAGUCAUGGUUCCGACAGCCUGAGUCUGUCAGAGUGUAGAGGUGCUGGUGCCAUGAGGCCACAGUCACAGAAAUGGGAGCUGAUGGAACCACUUCUACGCCAGCAGGACCUGUGUCUCGCCAUCACCGCUUUCACUGCUGGGUCAAAGGUCAGAAUGGAGCCAUGCAGCAUGAAGGAGCCCCGUCAGAAGUGGAAGCCUAAGGGUCCAGCCCUGCAGCACAUGGUCAGUGGCCUGUGUCUGGACAGUCAACCUCCGGACGGCCCCCUGGCCAUCGCUCAGUGUCGCCCCCAACUGGCCAGCCAGGCCUGGGAGCCCCAACUCAUCACCUGAUCACCCAAACCUAGGAGGCAGCGGGGAGUGGAGAGAAGGGGGAGAGGAGAGGAGGAGGGGCGGGCUGGGAGCAGGAGAUGGAUGGGUGUGUGGGUGGGUAGAAUGGGGGAGAAAGAGAAGGAGGAGGAGGAGUGAUGUGGGGAGGGGGACUGUGAUGACCAGAGAGAUGCAUAGUCAUAUUCUGUGACCCGAGGAUGUCAUGAUGUCUGUCUGUUUGCAUGUCUGUUUGUCUCCACACUCCCCUCCUUCUCCCUGGAACGCGGAGAAAUGUGACAAAGAACUAUGCUUAAAACUAUGUUCACCGGAUGAUUCAGUCCUGAGUGUCAGACUGACGUGAGCCACUCCAACAACACCAAGAUGAAAGGCCGGGCGGCACCAUCCCACCUGGGGGGAACACCAGGCUUUUACCGCUAAGGUCCUCAUCUAUACACAGUCAGAGGUGUGGGAUUAGUGCUGAUCUAGGACCAGUGUUGGCCGUAAAAUCUUAAUGAGUAAUUACACGAAGAGACCUGAUCCUAGAUCAGCACUCCUGCUAAUUCAUUUGACGGAUACAGAGGUCAAAUGCUGUACCUGUACAGUCCUUUGUCCGCCGCGUAUAAGAGGUCGUUGUUUCUCCUGCAGUAGGCUGUCCAAGCCUCUCACCAAUCGUAACUCUUCUUGCACAUCUCGCAUUUUAUUUUCCAUCAACAAAACCUGGAUAACUAAAUAUCAAAUUAGGGAUGAUGAUUAUAGCCCCCCUGCCCAGAAGGUAAUGUAUUGUAGAAUACGCACCUGAAUGCACUUACAGUACAGUUAACUGAUUCCAAGUCCGAUCUGUCUGGCUGUUGUCUGGCCAGGGUUUGUGACAGAAGCAGACCGUAGACCAUGGACUCCCCCAGUUCACUGAUAUGACUGAGCAGAGUACCUAGAUUUGACUGAAUAGCUGUUUUAAAAGUGCCAUGCAAAGCAUUUUCAGGAACAUUAUUUAUUGUUUUGCAUGGUCAAGCCCAAAGAAGGUGGUGUUAUUCUUUGUGAUUUUAUGUAAAUAUUGUAAGCUAAAGUUAGCUUGGAUUUUGUGUAAAGUUAUAUAGUACCCUAUAUGUUGUUCCAGAAAUAAACUAUGUUAACACUA